UUCAUGCCGCAUAGAUGUUUGCGCAUAGUUCCAUUCGGAAUGUUGUAGUUGCUUAAAAUGUUUACAAGUUCCAGAAGGGUAUUACCGGAAGAAUGACGUUUGGUGGACAAUGAAUAACGUUCGAUUCAAAUCUUUGCCCUCAGGCGGUGUGUGGCAAUGACUUCACCUUGUUAAAACUGUUAAAGCAAGUACCCAAGAAGAAAUCUGAGUUUGCCAACCUAGUGCUAAGUAAUAGGGUUGGGUUACGAUUUUCAUAAAGACGACUGUUUUAUAAGGAGAAUAAAUAGUUACGAUAAGAGUUAGUUAUGGGCACAAGAAAGAAUUGAUUCCAUGUUGUUAUUGUCGAGACAUUAUUUCACUGCCUCUUUAGUUCCGAAGAAGCUGUUGGGCUGCCUGAAUUAAAGCCUCUUACGCUGCUGGAUCUUAAAGUCCGUCUGGUUUUUGCGGGGGAAUGCUUCGUCAGUGGAAACGGACUGUAAAUCUCGGUGGAUGCCAUACUUGUAGAUUUGAAUUGCUACUUUAAAAAAGACUCGACAUUGACAAACACCUAAACGAGGCGCUGGCUGGUAGACUUAAAUUCAAUAAACUGGAAAACUAUGGCCGAGACGAAUCAAACCGAGGUGUAUGUUUACGAAAAGGUUGUUAUCUUAAUGUCGUGUGUACUUUCAUUUUUUGGUUCACUUUUAAUCAUAUGCACGUAUGUAAGUUGGCGCGAUCUGAGAACUACACCGCGUAAACUGCUCGUGUAUCUGUCUAUCGCUGACCUGUUGUCUGCCCUCUCGUACUCGUAUGGGGUUUGGAGGGAUUUCCACUCUGGUUCUGUGGACUGCAUUACGCAAGGUGCAAUUUCCACAUUCGCGAACACAAGCUCGUUCUUCUGGACUGUGGCUAUUGCCAUUUACUUGUACAUUUUCAUUGUAAAGUCCAGCCAGAGGCAGGCCGAUAACUUGGUGUUGUAUUCUCAUCUUAUCAGCUGGGGUGUUCCUUUCGCCAUCACUGUGGCAGCCCUCUCCCUGCAGAAGAUCGGCUAUGAUGCCUCUGAAGUGUCUGUAGGCUGGUGCUGGGUUAAUAUCCAAGCUGAAGACCAUGUGCUGUGGAUGCUGCUCACAGGAAAGAUCUGGGAGUUCAUUGCCUAUGUCACACUGCCAGUCCUGUACAUCCUUAUUAAGAUACAUAUUCGAAAAGCACAUGCAGCCCUCUCAGAGUACCGUCCAAUCCUGACCAGCAGUCCUGUCUCUCACUCAUUGUCCUCCAUGGCAGACAGGAAACUCACCCUCAUCCCCAUUAUUUUCAUAAUGCUCCGCAUGUGGAGUACCAUCCGCUUUCUGCUCUUGCUGGCUGAAUCCCCUGCAAGGCAAAACCCAGUGCUGGUGACCUUGCAUGGGAUUGGGAACACCUUUCAGGGAGCUGCGAACUGCAUCAUGUUUGUGCUGCUCACUCCCUCGAUUAGAUCACGAUUGGUGGCUCUGCUGUGCUGCAGAGGUCGGGACAGACACCGGAGCUCAGAAUCACUGUUCCAGAACAGGGCAACUGCAUAUACAUCUACACACACUGAGGAGAACCCCAGCCCCCAAACCUUGGAGGACAGUGAGGAUUAAGGGCUGUUGCUAUGUUCCUGCAUUUCUUUGACUUCCAAGAGAUGUUCUCUUCCAGGAAUGCACAAAGGCUGGAUGAUACAGAGGGUGAAAGCUCUUUCUGGCUCUCUACUGUGGCUCAGAGGUUGUACCAGAGCAUAAAAGGAAUAGUUCACCCCAAAAUAGGGUUCUGUCGCCAUUUAAAAACCCUCGUGUCGUUCCAGAUGUGUGUGACUUUUUAUUUUCUUUGUAACACAAAAGGCAAUAUUUUGAAGAAUGUACUGGUAGUUUUUGUCUAUACAGUUACAAAGAGUGAGGACUGGUGCUUUCAAGCUUCAAAAAGGAUGCAAAAGCACUAUAAACGCAUCAUAAAUUCAUUCACAAAUUGGACUGAUCCGGUUCUCGAGUUCAACUUACUCACUGAUCUGGUAGGGGCGGAUUACAGCUCUCUGGAGGGGAAAAUUAUCUGUGAAUAGCAACUUACAUUUUGGUCUGUUCAUUACAUAAGGCUAUUGUAUGACUUCAGAAGACUUGGAAUAUAGCGCACAAGUCAAAUGGACAACUUUUAUGAUACUUUUAUAGUGUUAUGCAUCCUUUUUGGAAGUUUGAAAUCAUCAGUCCCCAUUCAUUGAAAUGGCAUUGGGAAAAACAGUGGGAAAAAAAUACAAAAAAUCUAAAUUUCGAUUUGGAACAUCAUGAGGGUGAGUAAAUGAUGACAUCAUUUUCAGUUUUCUGUGAACUAAACUCAGCCUUCUUGUUUGACCAAGUGCCUUUUAGGAAUUACCGGGGACUGCGGUCACAUGCACAUAAGCCACAGAGCAUGCAACACAAACACACGUUGUGUUACCGGUUUAGCUCAGCACUUUAGGUGUAAGGCUUUCUCUGUUCGAGAGCCUCUCAAAUCUGUUUUCAUAUUGCUGCCACAGAUGUUCCGUGUUCAUUUAAACAGAAAUAAGAUCUGUAGCUCAGGGGAAGCAAGGAUACAGCAAUUUAUUAUCUAGUGACCAAAAUGGCAAAUGUACUGUUAAGUGUUUUUACAAGGGAUUUUUUUCCUCCCCCAGCAAAGCACAUACUGUACACACUUAAUGCAAAGAUGUCUCUAAAACUAAUUUCUUUAUAUCCAAAAGGCAUUUUAAUAACAUUGAAAUGUAUGAUCUACUAUAUAUAUCUUUUGACAUAUAUGUACUGUAUAUUAUAGUUGCGGUCCCUUUACAGUAUAGGGUUGCAUGUACUUGCUAAGCAAAACUUGCCACAACAUGCACAUCUUUUUAUAUUUUCAACAAUGCCUUUAAAAUCAGACAGAAAAAGAGGAAAGGAGUGCCUUUAAAAACUGCACUUCUACACGGCACUGCAUGUUAUAUUUUAUCAACAUAUCAAUUGAUUUGAAUAAAGUGAUUAAUUACUUGAUACUAAAUCUGUGGGGUCUGUGAUCACUGUAUGGUCUUUCUUGACCAAAAUGUCUGGAUCAUAAUGUCCUUAAAUUAUUAAAUGAUUGGGCCAAUAUGUGCGCUCACCCUUGACAUGCAGAUAUGUCGGUGCAGAUCUCUUUUGGCAUUGGCUAAUAUGCAUUUAGAGUGGAGCAGAGCUGUAGCUGAGCCACAGUUAAUAUUUGAUGAUACAUGCAGUAUAAGAGACUGUCCAUGCCAGUUUAACCAGUCAGGAUACAAAAAUGACUUCUCCAUUAUCUCAGCAUGAUACCAGAUCUGCUUUCAGUUUGUAAGAAGAAGAGGAACCGUUCUGAAGAUAGCUGGCAAAAGGGUUCAAACACAUUGUUUUUAAUGUGUUGACUGGUUAUGUGAGCUGAGAGAAGAGGAUGUAGCAACGUUGGUUAUAUAUUCUUAUGGUAUCACUGACCCUGAGGCAGUAUCAGUUGACAAGCCGGUCUUAUGACUAGCUCAUAACUGCAGCUUAUUGAGGGGGAAACAUGGCUCAGC